UAUCCGUGCUCCUUACAGCCAAACUUGGAGUCGUUGACGAACCCAACCCAACUUUCAGUGUACCCCAGCUUCCCCUGCUGUACACUGCAUCAGAAGCCAUGGCUGCCGUCGUCGCCUCCCACACCGUCGCGGCUGUUGCCAGCUCCGUCGUGAGCAAGUCGGCCUUCACCGGCCGUCAGGUCCGCUCCGUCAAGGUCGCCGCCGCCCCCGUGAAGGCUUCCUUCUCCGUGAGGGCCGAGAAGAGGCCGCUCUGGUUCCCCGGCAGCACCCCCCCUGCCUACCUUGAUGGCACCCUCCCCGCUGACUUUGGCUUCGAUCCCCUUGGCCUUGCCUCCUCCAACCUCGACUGGUAUGUCCAGGCCGAGAUCCAGAACGCCCGCUGGGCUCUGCUCGGCGCGGCCGGUGUCAUGAUCCCCGACGCUCUCCGCGUCGCUGGCAUCCUCGACAUCCCCCGCUGGGACGCCGCUAACGUCGCCGAGUACUGGAUCGAUACCCCCACCCUGUGGGCUAUCGAGAUCGUCCUCGUCGGCUGGGUUGAGGGCAGGAGAUGGGCUGACCUCAACAACCCCGGCUCCGUGAACGAGGACCCCAUCUUCAAGGGCAAUGCUGUGAAGGGCACCGAUGUCGGUUACCCCGGCUUCGACCCCCUCGGCAUGGGAUUCGGCGAGCCCGCCAAGGUGAAGGACGUGCGUCUGCGGGAGCUCAAGAACGGCCGAUUGGCCAUGCUCGCGAACCUCGGCUUCUGGGUCCAGACCGCCUACACCGACAAGAGCCCCAUUGAGAACCUGCUGGACCACCUUGCCGACCCCUUCCACAACAAUGUCAUUCAGUCCAUCGCCGCCACCCCCGGCGUCUUCCCCGCUCCCUAUUAAAUGGGAUCGUGAAGAUCGGUUCCUCUGUUUUGCCCUGGAUGUAAAGCAGUGUUCAUAUGAUUCAAACUAAAAAAAAGAUAAUAUUUUUCCUAUGGAGUUAAUUAGGCUGUCGCUCCCACACACUGCUGGCCUUUGCGUUAGCAUCUCUCUAUCGCGGUUAAAGCUAUUGGUGCGGAGACCGAAUAGCAAAUUGAAUUGAUUAUGCCUCAUUCCCAGGGUUUUGCGACAGCGUAUGGUCCGCGCCCUCGUAACUGCUCCAGCCAAUGCUGCGACAUGGU